UACAACUAUCGUAUUAUAAAUAAAACAAAACAAUAAACAUCGACACGCGUUUGUUUGUAGGAGACAAGAGGUAUACAUGAAUUAAACAGAAUAAAAUACAUAACAUAUGAUUAUAUAAUUAAAGAACCAAAAUAACUGAAUAAACAAUGACCAACAAUGUUUGUUGAAAUUAUCAUUAAAUUUGGAGGAAGUGCAGUAACCAUAAAAGACAAGUUGGAAACUCUGAAAGAUGACGAACUGACACAAGCAUGCAUUAUUGUCAAGAAAUUUCUACAACAAAACAAACGGAUUGUUAUUGUACAUGGAGCUGGGUCGUUCGGUCACCAUCAGGCCAAACAGUACAAUGUUAAUGCUGGUUUUACACGUGAAGACACGAAAAAGGGAUUUUGUAUGACUAGAGUGUCCGUCACAAAGCUAAAUAAUAUCAUAGUUAACCGUAUGUGUCUACAUGGAGUAAACGCUGUUGGUGUACCGGCUUUUGGAUGUUGGACUACCGACAACAGAAAUGUUAUACACCAUAACAUCGAAAUUGUGAACGAUGUAUUGGCGAAAGGAUUUGUUCCUGUUUUACACGGUGACUGUGUGUUUGACACGACGUUAGGAUGUGUUAUCCUGAGUGGGGAUACCAUCAUAAAGACAAUAUCAAAGCAAAACGAUGUCAGAAACGUUAUAUUCUUCACUGAUGUUGAUGGUAUUUACGACAAAUCACCACAAGACAAAGAUGCAAAACUGAUUCCUGUUAUUGCAGUAGAAGAGAAUAGAAGCAUCUCUGAAGAUAUAUCAACAAAGCGAUCGAAUAUUGAUGUGACUGGUGGUAUGGAACUGAAAAUAGAAACAGCGAAGGACAUUGUGAUUGAUUCCCAAGGCAGAAGUACAGUGUUUGUUUGUAAUGUUUUAUCAGAUCCGUCUACUAUUGUCAAUACAGAUUCAAUAUUUAAUGGAACUAUUAUAAGAUUUAAAAAAUAACAGAGAGGAAUAUCCAGUGAAGAAAUACAUAACAUACCAACAUUCUGGACCAUGAACAUGCGCUCUCUUAAAUACUUGUAACAUCUAUAGAGUAACCAUGCACGUAUUGUACAGUAAAAUCAGUACCUCUAAUGUUAAUUCUGCCGCUGUGUCGAUAUCUGUACUUGUUGUACGUUUUCAAGGAUAUCACCAACCCAGUUGACAGUUCUUCUGUAGUGUCAUGACAAUACGAAAAUUGUGUUCUUAAAUUUGUUUUUACAAAAUUUUGAAAAUUAUCUUAAAUUAAGGAAUACAUAUAUCUCCCUCGUGCACAGCUCUGAUUCCGUAUUUGGCUCGAAAUAACUGACCUUUUCGGGUUAUUAGCUCUUAUUUCUUUUUAGAAUAAAUUUGGAUUUUCAUA